UAGGUUUUUGACAUCACACCCGCCAUGCAGAUUACAACCGCGACGCAGACAAUGUUUUUUUGUAAUCGCUGCCAAUGGGUUGCGGCAGCUCGGUGGCUUCCCAAUACAAGGGUGGCGCGGGCAACUUGAAGACGUGUCCCGCGUGCCCUGCGCGCCCUGUGGAGAACCAGGCGAGCCAAAGUGGCAAAAAACCCAAAGAGUUGCGCAUUUCCUCCACUGCUUUAAAAUUCCUGGCGCAGGGUUCUUCCCCAGAUGUAAGCGCUAUUCAUUACGCUCAUUACGCUCCAGAGAUCGGAUUGAAGAAAGUGGGGAGAGUUGAAGCAGACAACACGCACAACUUCGCCUCAGAAGGAGCUGGCUGCAACGGUGGACACCUUGGCCCAUGGGACAAGGAGGAUUUGAGUUUUGGGCCAAGUUGUGGACCUCUGGAGUUUCAACCUUUCGACCGAGAUAAGAUUUCACGUUUGCCCAUCCAAAAGCCAUGUACUGCAGGUGCACCCUUUGCUGGUUCUCAAUCUUACAUUGUGGGAGGUGUUUUGGCCAAGACGGACAACUGUGAGGUAUAUUUGGGUGCAUUUAGCAGGACCAAAGUUGCAGUGAAGCGAAUCUCCAAGGAACUAUCUGCGCAACCAUUUCAGACACAUGUGAAUGAGGUUCGGUGCUUGCUCCGACUCCAACACGAGCGUAUAGUAAAGCUUCUUGGGGUCUUUGAUUCUGGUGACUCCUUGGACAUAGUUCUGGAGUAUUGCCGGAAAGGUGCUUUGCGCAACUAUGUCACUGAAAACUGUAACCCUGAGCACCUUUUCCAAAUCCUUUGUGAUGUGGCGGAAGCUUUGACAUUUAUGCAUGGUGAAUGGUUUGCGCACUUGGACAUCAAGCCCCACAACAUUUUGGUUGAAGAUGUGGAGCAGGAUUCUGGCUUGCACUAGUCAAAAAGGUACGAAACGCUGGCCUCUUCCCCAAACAGGUCAGGAUUUAGUAGGGGGUUGUCGAACAGAUAGGCGCCAACCGGUGCAAACUUGAGACAUCCAAGGUCAUACAUUGGUAGUAACAAGGGCAUUACUAGGAACAA